UUGAUUAUCCAUUUCAACUGAGACGAAGUAAAAUACACGGACGACUACUUGAUUGUCCAAAUUGAGGAAAGUUUUCUCCUUUGGUAUUUUGGGUCCAAAAAAAUGAAAAACAAUCACUGCACCAUUUUUUUUUCACAUACAAGUCUAAGCUAGCUCCAUGAAAACAGUUAAAGGACAGUACUAGAGAAAUGGGUCUUUGUUACUUUGUGUCUCCCUAGCAAGCUCUCUAGGCCAAGAGCUCUAUAAUAAGACUACAACACCACCCUCUUUUUCAUUCAUUCAUUCUUCUUGUUUUCUCCAAAGAGCUAAGCUAGAGCUCUCUCAAAAAAUGGCUCCUCCUGCAAGAUCUGAAGAGAAAAAGUUUGGAGAAGAUCAAGAAGAGAUCAACACCAGAAGCAUGGGGAGGGGGAAGAUCGAGAUCAAGAGGAUCGAGAACACCACGAAUCGCCAGGUGACGUUCUGCAAGCGCAGGAAUGGGCUGCUGAAGAAAGCCUAUGAGCUGUCUGUGCUUUGUGAUGCUGAGGUUGCCCUCAUUGUCUUCUCCAGCCGUGGCCGCCUCUAUGAGUACUCCAACAACAAUAGCAUCAAGUCCACCAUAGAGAGGUACAAGAAGGCGAACUCAGACAGCACCCAUACUGCAUCCGUGACUGAAAUCAACGCUCAGUAUUACCAGCAGGAGUCAGCAAAGCUGCGUCAACAAAUUCAGGUGCUCCAGAAUUCCAAUAGCAUGCUUUGCAGGCACCUCAUGGGGGAAUCCUUGGGCUCACUGUCUGUCAAGGAGCUGAAGCAGCUCGAGAACCGGCUCGACCGUGGCAUCAACCGAAUCAGGUCCAAGAAGCAUGAGCUUCUGCUAGCUGAAAUUGAGUAUCUGCAGAAAAGGGAAAUUGAGCUGGAGAAUGAAAGUGUCUGUCUUCGUACCAAGAUAGCGGAGGUGGAGAGGGUUCACGAAGCAAACAUGGUGAGCGGAGCCGAGCUGAAUGCAAUCCACGCGCUGGCGGCUUCUCGCAACUUCUUCGCUCCACAAAUGAUGGAUCCGCCGCCGCAUCAGCAGCCUCAGGACCUCUUCUCUUCCCCCGGCGCCGGCAGCAGCAGCCACCACGGCCACCACCACCACCACGACGAGUCUCCAACUCCGGCCGACAAGAAGUCCGGCCACCUCCACCUUGGCUGAUGAUGCAUGCAUGCAUGGAAAAAAUGAUUAUUAUAUAUGUUAUGGUACGUGGACGAGAUUUUUAAGAACAAGUGAGGUAUACGUACGUACGUAAGAUUGUGGUGUGUGUGUGUGUGUUAAUUGAUGAAUAUAUCCUAUGUGGUUUGAUGAUGGUGACUACUGUGUUUGUGUGUUUAAUUUGUUGUUUGAAGAGGUCUUGUUGUGGUGGUGACAUGGUUAAUUAAUUAAUAUUAUUGGGUGUGCCUUGAUCCAUGAGACAUUUGUGUUCAUUUGUAUUAUGCUAUUUAUAAGGGUUAAACGGAG